GAAAACAGGAAGUCCCCACAUUUCUGGUGAGACCUUCAAGAGAGGCUGGUGGUAGGUUCCUGGGUUCUGGAUCCCAGAUUCAGCCAGCACUGUGCCGUGCUCAGAGGUUCUUGCAGGAUGAAGGCUUUCCUCCUCCUCCACCUCCUCCUCGUCCUCCUUUUGGUCCUGGUUGAUGGCGAGUCGCUGUGUCCCAUGGAUGAAGCCAUCAGUCAGAAGGUCCAAGAGGCCACCACGUCCCUGACUCAGCAGGCCAUGAGCAAACUGGUCCUGAACUGCCGAACUGUGGUCUCCAGGGGUCACCUGGCCACCUGCCCGGCAGGCUUCGAGGUCACCGGCUGCACCUGCGGCUCGGCCUGCGGCUCCUGGGACGUGCGCGCGGACACCACCUGCCACUGCCAGUGCGCGGGCAUGGACUGGACGGGGGCGCGCUGCUGCCGCGUGCACGCGGGCUAGGUCCCCGGGCGGGGCCAGGCGGUGGGGCGGGGCCAUGCAAACGAGGGGGCGUGGUCUAGCUCUGGGGCGGUCCGAGGCACUAGGAGUGCAUGUGAUUGGGUUAUGGGGCGAGGCAAGACAGCACA